ACAUGUGCCACGUAUUUUCAGUGACGCCUGGCGGAGAUUUUCCAUAACACUGGACCAAGAAAGAAUGUUGUUUUUUGACCUUUUGGUAUGGUGGAAUCCAGUAGGAUUUUCAUGACAUAUUGCCUACGAAAUUCUCCAUAAAGAUGAAGCUGAAAGAUCGACUGAUUUUUCUGGCGUGUGUUAUCGUUCUUUUGGUACCGUUUCUUUGGCUGAGAAAAGCUGAGAUGGCAGAACGAACGUUAGAGGCACAGGAAAGAAAAAUCAAACUCCUAAAGUCUUCAGAUCACUUAGACUUUAACAGCAUAGACCACAACCACAAUGGACUACCAGUGAGAAAACGUUUGAGGAGCAAUCACAGAAGGGAUUUAGGCCAAGAUUUGGUCGAAAAAAAGUUAGAGACACAAGAAAAGCACAAUAAUUUAAAACAGGUGGAGGCUAGAUCAGAAAAUAUCGACAGUAAAAAUAAUAAUGAUAAUGAUGAUGAUGAUGAUAAUGACAUAGAGGGAGAUGAUCCGUGGCAGCUAUGGAAAGACAUGGUUACAUCUCGACAUCUAACACCAAGCGGUAAACAAGAAGUCAAUUUAAUCUUGGAUGCCCUUUCAUACAAGCCAAUAGUUGCUGCUGGUGUAGGUUAUAAAGGAACACAGUUGAAAGCCACUUUGUUAUUGGAGGGAAACCAGAAAGUAGUUUUCAAACCAGGAAGGUACUCCAGAGAGCAUGUUAUAAAGGGAAAGCCAUAUGAUGGUUAUGACAGACAUAAUGGGGAGAUAGCAGCAUUUCAUCUUGAUAGGGUCCUUGGCUUCAACAGAGCUCCCCCAGUAGCAGGUAGAGUGGUGGAUCUACAGGAUGAAAUUAAACCUAUUGCCGAGAGGAAUCUGUUGCGUACAUUCUUUAAAAAAGGUGGUAACACUUGUUUCUAUGGUGUUUGUUACUACUGCAACAAAGAGGAGGCUGCCUGUGCUAACAAGACAUCCAUGGAGGGGUCUAUGACAAUAUGGCUACCUCAAGGGUGGGCUCUGAGAAAGUGGAGACACCCUUGGCAAAGGACGUACAACAAUAGAAAGGCAUCGUGGGAGCUCGAUAACAACCAUUGUAAAAAGGUCAUACAGCAGUCACCCUAUGACCAGGGGCCACGCCUACUGGACAUUAUUGACACUGCCGUCUUUGACUUUCUUAUAGGUAAUGCAGACAGACACCACUACGAGACAUUUAAGAAAGGAGAUGACGAAGGCAUGCUUGUUCACCUUGACAACGCGAAGAGCUUCGGAAAUCCUGAUCACGACGAGUUAUCGAUUGCAGCACCCCUUUAUCAGUGUUGUCAGCUUCGAGAUUCAACAUACAAGCGCCUGAAAGAAAUCGCUAACAACAAAGUAAAACCUGUAGGCGAACUCCUCAAAGAGGCGACAAGCUCAGAUGCGCUAGCCCCAGUUCUAACCGAGCCUCACUUCAAGGCGGUGACGCGGCGACUGUCGAUUGUUAUGGAUAUAGUAACGAGGUGUAUCGAGAGAAACGGCCGGAGAAAAGUUAUCAAGAAGGAUGGGUUAUAGGACAGUUCACUGCAAUGCGAGGCGCACCGUACGUCGUCGUGGAUACAGCUUCAUGUGGCAAAGAAAAAAAAAGGAAGUUGAUCAAGUUGGAUUGUAGGAUAAGUCACAUGCAAAUAACGAAGGAGCAGAGUUUUAUCGGAGUCCUGUGAUUGGAUGGUGCGAAGCUGUGCUUUACUUUUGCGUUUUUCUUGUGGAUUCCUAUGGCUGGCCGUGAGGUGCUGGGGAGAGCCAACCCGACCACCACAGGAAACCCAAUCAGAAACUCGGGUAAGAACUCCUGGGUCGGGUUCCUGGAAAGCAGGUUAACGCCAACCCAGAGAUAAAUAAGGUUGUUAUCCAAUCAAAUGUCUUGAUAACCAUAUUUAUCCGUGGAUAAGUGCUAACCUGCUUUCGAGGAACCGGGCCCUGGGAGUUGCAGUUUCCGUAAUCAAGAAAAUGCUCGUUUUAGCGGCAAGUUUUCGGGGGUGGGGCUUAUUUAAUUUUACGUCCUAAAGGAGGGGUUAACUCGAAGCGGGGUGCCUAUUACAAAUUCAAACAGACUUCAGGUUCAUAUGACAACCAAACUGUUAUAUCUUUAUCUUUCUUUCCAAGCAUAAGACUAAUAGAAAUUCAAGCUAGAUUAUCUAUCAGUAAAAACUUAACCAAGAGAAAUUCCAAUAAAUAAUUUGGUACGCGUCUUUCGGUUUUUGAUUAUAAAAAAAUUGUAACAGUAACUUGUGGUUGGUAAAAAGCCUUGUGUUCGAUCAUUUGCCCAUUUUGUGUGUAAGGGUGAGGGUUUGGGGGGGGGGCUUAUUUGAAGAAGCCGCUUAUUUAAUAUCUUACGCCUUGGAUGGAGGGUGCGUCUAUCUGAUGCUCUGCCCUUAAACGUUUAUUUUCGGUAUGUGGUCUAUUCUAUGGCUCAGAAUUAACAAGUGCAACGGAUUUGCAUGUAUAGAACGUUUCUUCUGGAAGAAGCGCAAUUGACGACAAUUAUAAAAUCAAAUUAUUAUAUUUCUAAAAUUAAGAUAUAAUUCAUAUAAAAGUCAAAUUAUUAAAGUAUUUUAAUAUUAUGUGUAAUUUUAUUGUCCUUUACAAUAAAAUAUCAGUCCAACUGAACCUCGAAAA